CUUGCUACCUGUGCAGUGACAGAAUCACAAAAAAUACAGCUCUCUGCGCACUCGUCCAUUCGGCGACUAGUCGACGCAGCUGACGCCACCACGCGGCGGCGGCGCUUGUUCCCAUCGCCGCCACCGGCAUGGCCGAGGGCACCGACACGGUGCGCGCGCCCGGCGACGCGGAGGAGAUGGAGAAGGGAGAGAUCGCAGGCGCCGCCGCCGGUGCCGACGGCGACUCCGCCGCGCCCCAGCCGGUGGAGCCCACCUGGGCUUUCUGGAUCGGCAACGGCAACCCGCAGGAGGAGUCCGCCGGCCGGGGGAACACCGUCCACACCUUCUCCACCGUCGACGACUUCUUGAGCCUUUACAAUAAUAUCCUCCACCCUAGUAAAUUGGGUGUGGGAGCUGACCUCCAUUGCUUCAAGAAUAAGAUUGAGCCGAAAUGCCAAGGCCCCAUAUGUGCUAAUGGAGGUGCAUGGACCAUCAGUUGUGGCGAAGGGAAAUCGCAGCCAUUGUGGUUGGAUACACUACUGGCAUUGAUUGGUGGACAAUUCGAAUAUGGUAAUGAAAUUUGUGGAGCGGUCCUUAGCGUGUGUGGGAAGCAGGAAACAAUAGCUAUAUGGAUUAAAGAUGCUACUAACGAAGCUGCUCAGGUAAAAGUCCUGUAGUGCAUACUAUGAAAUUGUUUGUUUCAUUUCAGGCAACAGCCACGUGGUAUGCUAUAUCAUAGACUGAAAGUUUGUCAAAUACUACACCUUCCGUCUUAAAAUUAGUGUCUCAAGCUUAGUACAACUUUGUACUGAAGUUAGUACAAAGUUGAGCCACUUAUUUUGGGACGGAGGGAGUAUAAGAUAGUAUAAUACUGUGAUCCUGGUAUAUAAACAAGGAUGACAUGGCUGUACCUGUAUGGAGCCUAGUACAGUUGUGCUUGUGCCAAAUGUCAUUGUGUAACUUGAAAUGCUCUUAUAUGGUUAUAUGAAGAGUUCAACGCAAUUGAAGAAACUUAUAUUCCUCGAAAGACAUAGCGGUACUUUGAGUGGCAGAACAUUGUCGAAGAAACUUAAACCUCAAAGGAUUGACAUCUUUGGUUAUAGUAUGCAUCUAUGUUUGUGGUUUCCAACCUAAAUUGUCCUAGGUAAAGGUUUCAUUAUUUCAGCCAAAAUAGCGUGUUGUCUUGUAUGGUUGGGAUUAUUUUAACUUCUUUUUCUAAUGAAAUUGCUACAUUUAUUCGUUUCUUGGCGCAUUGUUUUGAAGUAUGUUUAUGUUAAAUCCUUGUGUAAGCAUUUGGUUUUCCUUUUUGUUUAGCAUUUUUCGUAGUUCUUACAAUUGUGCUGCAACAGUAUCCUAAAAUCUGAUAAUGUCAUGGCAUUUUUAUACUCGAUUGAAUGAUGCAACCAGUGUCGGAUCUAGGCCCAGGCCG